AUGAUUUUCUUAAUAUCAUAUUUUCUUUUCUUUCUUCAUCUAAUUCCAGCCGAACAAGCCACUACAUUCAAUAUUGUCAGUUACGGGGCUAAGGGCGAUGGCGUCACAGAUAACACUGAAGCUAUUCGAAAAACAUUACUUGCAGCAGCUAAUUAUAGUUUAGCAUCUACCGUAUUAAUACCGGCUGGUGAUUUUCUAACAGGUUCAUUAGAGAUUCCAUCAAACGUAACAUUUUAUCUUGCUCGUAAUGCUAUUUUACGUGCAUCUGACAAUGAAAGUUUAUAUUCACCUAUUCCAAGCAUGACAAGUGACACUAGUCCAUUUGAUUUUCCAUUUCUACUCGUGAAUAAUUCCCAUAAUGUUUAUUUUCAAGGCGAAGGUCUUAUUAAUGGUGGCGCAAAUAGUCCGCCCGGUCAUCUUGUGCGUGAAUAUCAACCAUCAUCGAAUAUGCUGAUGCCGAAAGAAUGGAAUUUAACAGGUUGUACUUAUUUUAGUUGCCGACCGAAAUUACUUCUCAUACGGCAUAGCCAUUCAAUAGAAAUCAGUGAAAUUACCAUAGCAAAUUCAGCAUUCUGGACAGUGACUGUGGUUGAAAGUGAAAAUAUUCUUUUCGAUAAGGUUACCAUACUGGGUGAUCGUCGUUGGCCAAAUAAUGAUGGAAUCGAUCUCAUCAAUACUCGACAUGUUAUCAUUCGAAAUUCUAAUAUAUCAACUGGUGACGAUUCUAUUGCUAUCGUAUCUCAUGGUCCAUCGUCUAUGUUUAAUAUCACUGUUGAAAAUAUGGAUCUACAAAGUACUUCAGCUGCUAUUAAAGUCAGCGCUUUCGAUGAAGAUGCUUCUGGUAAUAUGUAUAAUAUGACAUUUCGUGAUAUACGUAUAACAGAUUCCAAUCGUGGUAUAUGUGUAGCGCCACGUUGGGGGUCAGGUAUAAUAUCGGAUAUUUUGUUUGAACAAAUGAAUAUCGAAACACGAUAUUUUGGUUUGAGUUGGUGGGGUACAGCUGAGCCAAUAUAUGUAACAGGUCUAUCAAUGAGCGCGAAUCGACAUUGGACAGGAAAAUUAAGAAACAUUCAGUUUCGUAAUAUCGUAGCUCAAGGUGAACAAGGUUUUAUGAUUCGAGGAAAUACGAGUUUAUUAGAAAAUAUUUCCUUUGAAAAUGUCUCACUUACAAUUAGCAGAUGGAGUAAUGUAACUGAACACCCGCUAUAUGAUUAUCGUCCAUCUGAAGAACCACAACUGAUUGAUGCGUUGGUUGAUGGAAUUUUCGCUCAAGAUAUCAAUGGAUUAAGUCUUGAAAAUAUAUUUAUUGAAUUUAAAGCACCUAAACAGAAAUACUAUGGUCAAUGUUUAAAUUUGAAUAAUAUAACACAAAAAGUUGAAAGCAAUAUUCAAUGCAGAGAUGUUGUUUCGUUGUCAUCAUCAAGUAAAUUUCUUUUCCGAGCAGAACUCAUGUUUUUAUUUGUUUUGUUGAAAUUAUUUACGAAUAUGGUCUAA